AUGGCAAGAGUAAAAGCAGAUGUGGUUAAAGAAGCACUAAGAUUACAUCCUCCCCUUCCUUUCUUAUUUCCAAGAAGAGUAAUGCACGACACUAACUUCAUGGGGUAUGAUAUACCAGAAAUCACUGAAGUGUUGGUUAACGUUUGGGCAAUUGGAAGAGAUCCUGAAAGCUGGGACGACCCUUUGGAUUUCAAGCCCGAGAGGUUCCUUAACUUGANGAAACUCUAUAUAUACAUAGAGCUCCUGCGCCACCCUGAAGCAAUGGCAAGAGUAAAACCAGAUGUGGUUAAAGAAGCACUAAGAUUACAUCCUCCCCUUCCUUUCUUAUUUCCAAGAAGAGCAAUGCACGACACUAACUUCAUGGGGUAUGAUAUACCAGAAGACACUCAAGUGUUGGUUAACGUUUGGGCAAUUGGAAGAGAUCCUGAAAGCUGGGACGACCCUUUGGAUUUCAAGCCCGAGAGGUUCCUUAACUCGAAAUCUGAUUUCAAAGGACAAUAUUUUGAGUUCUUACCAUUUGGUGCUGGCAGGAGGAUGAGUGUAGGCCUUCCUUUAGGUAAUCGAAUGUUGCACUUCGUUUUAGGUUCAUUGCUUCAUGAAUUCGAUUGGGAACUUCCUAGUAAUAUCAAUCCUAGAUCAAUGGACAUGAAGGAGCCAACAUUUCAUUAG